AUGAAAGCACAGGCAUCCAUACACAACAUUGGAAGGAACGAAUCCAUUCUUUACGGUGCAUUCUUGAAGCCGCUGGCCGUCAGGUGCACAAACUACGUCCCCACGUGGGUGCAUCCCAAUGCUAUCACGCUCACAGGACUGUUCUUCCCUGCAAUGAGCUAUCUAUUCAUGUGGCAUUACAACCCAAAUCUGGGCGAAGAGGUGCCCAGCUGGUUGGUGUUCAUGUGUGGCAUAAAUCUUUUCAUUUACCAAACACUGGAUAAUAUGGACGGGCAACAGGCCAGGCGAACGG